GUCCGCUACGCCCCUACGCCCCACCCGCCACCUAUCGGACAUCACUGGCCAGUGGCUCCGCUGGCUUCCAUGCCACUCCACGCCGCGACCCGCUAACUCCUCCCAGCCCACGCCGCCAAUAUCUUGGCGUCGCGUCGCGUCUCGUCUCGCCAAGCCAGAGUAGGCGCACCGCAGCGAGAGGGCCAUGGGCACGGCGGGGCGGGCGCGCGGCGGCGAGCCGCUGAAGCUGCGGGUGAACAGGUGCCUCCUCAAGCUGUCGGACCGCGACACGGAGGCCAUGGCGGCCGCGGAGCUGGAGGCCAUCGCGCGGGCGCUGGCCGCGGACGAGCUCGGGGCGUUCGUCUCGGCGGUGUCCGACGCGCGCCCCACCGACAAGACCCCGCUCCGCCGCCACGCGCUGCGGGCGCUCGCGCUCGUCGCCGCGGCGCACCCGCGCGACGCCGUGGCGCCGCUCGUCCCGCGCAUCCUCGCCGCCGCACUCCGCCGCGUCCGGGACCAGGACUCCUCCGUGCGCGCCGCGCUCGUCGACACCGCGCGCGCGGCGGCGGCCGCGUCCGCCUCCGCCUCCCCGGCGCUCCGACCCCUCACCGACGCGCUCCUCCACGAGCAGGACCAGUGCGCGCAGACGGCGGCCGCGCUCGCCACGGCCGCCGCCGUCGAGGCCUCGGCCCCCACCGCCGACCUCGCUUCCUACAUCCACAAGCUCCAACCCCGCCUCCUCAAGCUCCUCCGCAGCAAUGCCUUCAAAGCCAAGCCCGCGCUCAUCUCUCUCAUUGGCGUCUCUGCAUCCGCGGCCGGCGCCGCUGAAGUCACCGCCUCUGUCCCGUGCCUCCGCGACACAAUCGCCAGCGACGACUGGGCGGCGAGAAAGGCCGCGGCCGAGGCUCUUGCUGCAUUGGCCUUAGAACAUAAGGAUCUUCUCGUCAGCUACAAAUCUUCUUGCAUCACCAUGUUCGAGGCCAGGAGGUUUGACAAGGUCAAGAUUGUGCGAGAUUCGAUGAACAGGAUGAUCGAGGCAUGGAAGGAGAUCCCGGAUGUUGAAGAGGACGAAUGCUCCUCCGGUGCGCCACCGGCAUCGCACUCUCAACGACGAUCUUCUCUUGCAGGGAGUGCAAGUGAUGGGCGAUAUCCGGUUGCAUCGUCGACCAGGAGGAAUAGUCUACCUGCAAGCAGGUCGCCUCCUCCUGAUGCCUCACCCAGUGUCAACAAAAGGCAUAGCUCUUCAUCAGCUAGAAACAAGAAGCAAUCACCUCCUUCAUAUCGCAAGGCGGGCCAAGCGAAGAACCGUGAUUACAAGGUUGACAUUGCUGUUACACCAGAUGCCACCCCAAUCAAAGUGGUGACAGAGGAGAAGCUUCUGAAAGGAGGCAAUGUGAGAUCAAGAUUGGAAGCAAGGAGGAUGCUUUUCCAGGAUGGCGAUGACAGGGCGACCAAGGUGGCUGGACUGAAAGCAGGAUCACGAGUCGUUCCAUAUGAGGAGGGUGGUAACAUGGAAGAAAUUUCUGAGAUUGGUGGCGGAUCAGAGAGGUUUCAGACAGGUUACAAAGACGAGGGAUUGUCAGAGAUUCGGUCACAACUGCUUCAGAUUGAAAAUCAGCAGAGCAGUUUACUAGAUCUUAUCCAGAAAUUUAUGGGGAAAUCUGAGAAUGGCAUGAAUUCUUUGGAGACAAGGGUACAUGGACUUGAGAUGGCAUUGGAUGAAAUCUCCCGAGAUUUAGCUGCCUCGUCAGGAAGGACAUCAAACAGCGAAGCUCAUGUCAACUCAUGCUGCAUUCUGAACCCAAAAUUCUGGAGGCGUCAUGAUGCUAGUAGAUACUCUUCUAGUUUUUCUGUCUCUGAUGGUCGAAACAGUUCGGAGGGGAGCAGAACUUCUUACAAGUGGGGAAGGCAAAAGUUUGGAGUUCAGGGUGGUUUUGUCACCAACCCGUUAGCUGAGCCGAACAUUUCGUCUGCUGCGAGAACAGCGACUGCUCAGGAAGGCAGAAGAAAGGAUUUGACUUUACCAAAGUCAAGGAUGGGCUAGGCACGACAAAGACAUUUUCUUUGAUGUGUGAGCUGCUCAAGUUAGAACAUACAUAAGCAUGAAGGUAGCAACAUUUUCUCUCUUUCUCUGAGACUUCCUGAGGGUUUUUUUUCCUUUGUUGGAGCCGGAACUGAAAGCGCGUGGUGUGCAUGGAUCAUGGUGUUCUACGGGAGUCACUGCACUAUUGCAAAGCAUAGUCACUGCAGUAUUGCAAAGCAUAGAUCCUGAGGUAGAACUCGUUUCUUGAGCUGGAUCCUCACUAAUUAUCAGGGAUUCGGAUUAUACAGCCUCACCGAGAAAUGGAGAAUGAGGAUACAGUAACCGUGUUCAUGAAACCCUGCUGGUGGAGUUGGGCUUGACAAUUGGCCAUUAUCUUUUGUCCCGCGCAGCCGUGGUACUUCAGAACUGUUUUAUUUUUUUUCCGUUUAUAAGAAUGUAGGCACAACGUGUUUCUGUACGAAGCUAUGAAUGUAUCCUGUAAAUAGUUUGGAUAAAACAGCUUCUGUGCUCGUGAGUUUUCUUUGCCUUCUUUCUGAACUCUGAAGGUGUUGACAACUUGACAUAACGGCAUUACUGCCCGAGUGAUUUCAGUUAUGAGCAGUGCUUCUGUGCCUUUUCA